AUGGCGGAGUCGAAGGCUGUCGAGCUAACGGCAGCUGACCAGGAACGCCAGGAGUUAAUCACCAGAAAUCUGCAGGAAGUAUUGGGCGGCGACAAGUUGAAGGAGCAACUCGCGAAAGGCAAAAAUAUCCAUGUCUACUGGGGCACAGCCACCACUGGAAAGCCACACGUCGGAUACCUGGUCCCAAUGCGCAAGAUUGCCGAUUUUCUGCAAGCGGAUAUUCGGGUGACAAUUCUGUUCGCUGAUCUGCACGCGUUCUUGGACAACAUGAAGAGCACGUGGGAGUUGCUGGAGAACCGCGUCAUCUACUACCAGCACGUGAUCAAGGCUCUCCUCCAGUCUCUUGGCGUGCCGAUCGAGAAGCUGCACUUUGUUCGGGGCACGGAGUACCAAUUAUCCAAAGAGUACACCUUUGAUAUUCUUCGCCUUUGCGGUCAAGUCACGCAGCGUUAUGCCUUGAAAGCCGGUGCCGAGGUUGUCAAACAAGUUGAUUCUCCGCUUCUUUCCGGUUUGCUCUAUCCCCUACUUCAAGCGCUGGAUGAACAGUAUUUGAAGGUGGAUGGUCAAUUCGGCGGCGUCGAUCAACGAAAAAUCUUUAUCCUGGCUGAGGAGCAGCUUCCUAAGCUGAAACUUGGCAAGCGGUGGCAUUUGAUGAAUCCGAUGGUUCCUGGCCUGACCGGAUCCAAGAUGAGCAGUUCCGAGGAAAAUUCUAAAAUCGAUCUGCUCGAUGCCGAGUCAAUUGUGCGUAAGAAGAUCUCUGGAGCGGCAUGUGAACUCGGGGCUGAUGAUAACGGCGUCUUGUCCUUCUACCAGCACGUGUUGCUGCCAAUCAAGUUGCCGGCGCCCGUUUCUUUGGCCGGAAAGGAAUACCAUUCAUUUGCCGAGAUCAAGGCAGCAUUCGAGGCGCAAGAGGUAUCGGCAGAUGCGCUGAAAGAUUACUUAUCGACAUUCCUGAGUGACCUGCUCACAGAGGUAGCCGAGGUGGAUAAUACGGAUGUGAAAUUGUCGGAUCAAGGCGAAGCAGCUUAUUCCAAAGUUGUUUCGAAUUUUAAGUUAUCCGGCUCGACGACAGGGCUAAGGAAACGGCUUGCUGGUGGUGAGCCAAUCAAGCUCGUUGUGCCGGUAUUUUGCAAGGGCCGUUUCCAUCUCGGCUACUUGGCCCCGCUGCUCCACAUAAAGAAAUUGCUCUCCUCCGGUCUGAACCUCGAGUCAACGCUGCUGUUGGUCGAUUUGAUUGCCUUUUUGGAUAGCGAGAAAGUGUCUUGGGCAGCCCGUGACGGCCGUGCUGCAUACUUUAAAUCGACGCUUCAAAAGGUGCUAGAGAUCCUGGGAUUGGAAGGAAAAGUGAAGAUUGAGCGCUCGGCCGAAGAUGCAAACAAUUUUUCAAAGGAAUACGUGCUCGAAAUGUACAAGAUGGCGUCGGUCGUCACCAGGGAUGAGACGGAUAUUACGGAGGAUACUUUGCUUGCAGGAAACUUGAUCCCACUGAUCUAUGCUCUUGACGUUUACUACUCUGGCGCUGAUGCUGUACUGAUUGGGGAGGACGAGGAGAAGCUUGCCCAUCUUGCUGAAAAGCUCUGGUCGAACGCGCUGGGCGUGGCUGGUCCAUCACAGCUUCUUCACCAAUGCGUCAUUGGAAUGGACGAGUCGAAAAUGUCUGCCAAGACGCCUGAGGGACAUAUUGAUCCUUCUGACACUGCCAAACAGAUCAAAACAAAAAUCGCACGCUCGUUUUGUGAACCCCAAAACGUCAGCCGGAACGUGGCGCUGGAGCUGUCGCGUCAACUCGUCUUCCCGUUGCUCGACGGACAAGCUCUGGAAAUCACCCGCACACCCGAGAAUGGCGGAAGCGUUAGCAUCGAAAACUAUGAAGGACUGGUGAAAGAAUUUGAGGUCGGUAGUAAUCCUCAAUUUCCCCUCCAUCCGGCUGACCUGAAAUCGGCGGUGUCCGGUGUAGUCAAUAAAUUUUGCGAUGAAUUGCGCCCGGUCAUUACCCCCGCAAUCUUGGCUGCCGCAUUCCCGGUGAACAAGGGCGGCAAAGGAGGAAAGAAGAAA